UAUUCCCCCGCUAAUUCACAUCUUACAUAACUAGCGAGCGUCACGUCGGUUCUCGAGAUUAUGAGUCUAUAAUUGCUUCCUCCGAUUCGCGAGGCCAUUAAUGUGGAACCGAGGAGAUGCAAAGAUUCAUGGGAAGCAUGACAUAGUCAAUUUCCACUCUUCUAGCGGUCUAUUAUUUCAAGUUUCUGAUAAAAUCGGAACCAUUGGGCGGAGUACAGUACAUCCAAGAUGUCUACCGAGGAAGCGAUCGCAACAGAGAGCACCCCUCUGCUGCGAGAAAAUGGCGUGACAAACACCAAUGGUACCAUCAACCAAGAAGUUUCGAAUGGAGCAAGUGCGCCGACUCCCGAUGGAAAAGCGCAAAUCUCCGCCAAUCAAUUGAAAUACAUAUUCGGUGCUAUUUCGAUAGGAGUCUUUCUCUCUGCCGCCGACCAGACAAUCAUCGUCGCAAGUUACGGAAAAAUCGGCAGCGAUCUGAAUGCUCUCAACUUGACAAGCUGGAUCGCGACCUCUUACUUCCUUACCCUCACCUCGUUCCAGCCACUGUACGGCAAACUGAGCGACAUCUUUGGUCGGAAACCAUGUCUGUUAUUUGCUUAUGUGAUUUUUGGUACGGGAAAUCUGUUUUGCGGCCUUGCGCAGGAUAUCAAUCAAUUGAUUGCAGCGAGGGUAUAUCAAGGUAUUGGUGGAGGAGGAAUGACAACAGUUGUCAGCAUUCUCAUGAGCGAUAUUAUACCUUUGCGUGAUCGAGGUCUUUGGCAGGGAAUUAUCAACAUUAUUUAUGCUACUGGAUCAGGUCUUGGUGCUCCGCUAGGUGGUAUUCUGGCUGAUUAUAUUGGCUGGCGCUGGGCUUUCAUCGCGCAAGUGCCUCUUUGCCUGGUGGCAUUUAUUCUUGUCACUGUUCUACUCAAAGUUCCCAAUCCUGAUACAGGCGAUUGGCGCUCGAAGCUACGACGCAUUGACUUUCUCGGAGCUAUCAUUCUCGUGGGGGCUGUUCUAGGUUUCCUUAUUGGCUUGGAUCGUGGGAGCAACGUCUCCUGGAGCAUACCUAUCAGCUACAUACCGCUAAGCAUCUCGUCGGUUUUAUUUGUUGCUUUCAUACUCGUGGAAGUCUACGUUGCAGCCGAACCCUUCGCGCCGGGGCAUCUCAUCUUCGAUAAGACUCUCUUUGCAUGCUAUGCUUGUAAUUUCUUCAGUUUUGGUGGCUGGUUGGCUGCUAUAUUUUACCUGCCGCUUCAUUACCAGGCUGUCGACGGCGUAUCGGCAACUGUGGCAGGUAUGAGACUGCUGCCUUCUAUCCUUUGUGGAGUAUCAGGCUCCUUAUUUUCAGGGUAUUUGAUGAGGCGGACUGGAAGAUACUACAACAUCACUGUGAUUGGAUAUGCAUUACUCACAGUUGGUAUGACUGUUAUUUUCCUAUUCUCGGGCACGAUUGUGAACAACGCUGUUUUGAUAAUUGUCGGCUCAACCAUAUGUGCCUUUGGAAACGGAAUCGGCGUCACGACAACGUUGAUUGGCCUGAUCGCCAAUGCCUCUCCCGAAAAUCAAGCCGUUGUCACAGCCUGUUCCUAUCUCUUCAGAACUCUAGGCUCUGUAAUCGGAUUAUCACUAUCCGCUACAGUCGAACAGCAAGUUCUCCGCGACCGGCUCCAGACAGCACUGCGAGACAGUGGAGAAAUCGACCACAUCAUUCGAGAUGUACGACAAUCUUUGGACUUCAUCAAGACCUUACCGCCGGCCUUGCAAGAUGUUGUUCGUAAGUCCUACGGCUGGUCAACCAACUUGACAUUUGGGUUUCAGAUUUUCGUGGUGGCUUUUGCGCUCUUCGAUAUUAGGGAUAUCAGUUUUGAUACAAUCGCCCGGACUAUGGCCGACGAAUACCACCGAUACCGCCCCCUGUUGCUCGCGAUCGCCGGCGUUGCUGCAGUGGGCGGAUUGUUGUAUCUACGGUCCAAUACAAGAGCCUCGUCUGAAAAUACCACGCGGCUACGCCGCCGAGGUGCUGUUCUCCGUCGCAACCGCCGUCCACGUUACAGUGAUGUUGUCGAUAGUCCGUCCUGGCAAGCGAUCGCGCACCUUGAACGGCAAGAGCGCAAUAAUGUCCCUUAUGGAAUAUUCAGAAUCGAGAUCAGUGGUACCACCAGGUUCGAGUGUGGCCUACUUCCUUCAUUUCUUGGUACUCGUGAACAGCUCAUGGCUAUAGACGGAAUAGAUGAGGAUACUGCGGACCGAUACCGUGAAAUGAUGGAGAAUUACUUUCUUGAGAACUUCCUUUCUCUCGACUUCCCACCUGGCCACAGAUUUCCCAGGGGAACCACGGAGCGCGAGUAUUUGAUCAGAGAGCUUAAUGAACGGGGAAUUACACAUGCUGACAUUGAUGCCAUGCUUGACGCGAUCAAUGAAGAUCCGCACUUUGGCCAAGUAUUGCGCCAUCGUCGACAGUAUGGUGUUAGGGUUAUUGUUCAAGGGUCUGAUAUACGAGAAUUGGAUGAACCAGUACCUGGCAUGGGAGAUAAUGAGAGUAUGUUCUCCUGGCGUAACGACAAUGCUGAUGGGGAGCCUACUCGGGAGGGCCAGAACUUGCUCAACCUCCUUUACCACAUCGCUGAGGACCAAGCCAGGAAGGAUGGAUAUAUUCACCGUGGUGUGACCUGCAAUAACUGUGGUAUGAUGCCUAUUCAGGGUAUCCGGUAUCGAUGUGAUAACUGUGUGGAUUUCGAUCUCUGCGAGAUGUGCGAAGCACAGCAAGUUCAUAAUAAGACGCACCUGUUUCUCAAAGUUCGUAUACCUGCACCGUAUAUGGGCAAUCCCCGUCAGGCACGGCCAGUCUGGUAUCCUGGAAAGCCUGAGAACCUACCGAAGAACCUUCCACCUCCUCUGGCACGGCGUCUAGUCAAAGAGACGAAUUUUGAAAACACAGAGCUUGACGCAUUGUGGGACCAAUUUCGAUGUCUAGCCAAUGCUACUUGGACUGCAGACCCGAACAAGUUGGGCAUGGCUAUUGAUCGCAAAACGUUCGAUCGGUGUUUCGUUCCAAACACAUCCUCUCGACCCCCACCACCAAGCCUGAUUUUUGACCGCAUGUUUGCCUUUUAUGACUCCAAUGGGGAUAAUCUCAUUGGCUUUGAAGAGUUUCUGAAAGGAAUAGCUAGUUUCAACAACAAGGCGAUCGACGAAAAAAUGCGACGUAUCUUCAAGGGAUACGACAUUGAUGGGGAUGGCUAUGUUGAACGGAAAGAUUUCUUGCGCUUGUUCCGCGCGUUUUAUGCCCUCAUCAAGGAGUUAACUGCGGAUAUGGUGCAUGGAUGGGAAGAAGAUUUUGGAUCUGGCGAUGGCACUGGCACCAUCGCACGUGAUAUUGUCCUGGGAACUCGGCCUCUUAGUUCAGCGUUUGGCGGAAAUUUCGGUAAUGCAGAGCCCCCCCGGACAGGAGAAGGUAAACGCACCAAUCUUGAUGGAGAUAUGGAGGUUGUCGAUGGAGGUGAUGUGCUGCGACCCGACAGCAUGGACUAUGGCGAUAUUUAUACAGCUGUAGGCGAAGCUGCUGUUCGGGACCGUUUCGGACAAGCACGCCCUUUGGCAGCUGUGCGGACUGGAUCGCCCCCUACUCCGCCAUUGAAUGGCCACAUCGACACAGAGCUUAUCGAAAACUACGAACAUGCCGAGGAGGAGGAGGAGGAGGAAGACGAAGAAGAAGAGGAAGAAGGGGAAGAAGAAGAAUCGGAGUCAGAAGAAAGCUCUGGCUCAUCGGCAAUCGAAGAAGCUCGUAGAAACGCGAUCCAUGAGCGUUGGCGUCGGAGGCAAUUCUACACCGAUGAAGAAGACGGGGCCGCUGCUCCAGAGGGAUUUGAGGAUGAGUCGGAUGUGAACGAAUCCCCCGACGAGGCACUUGAUCCUGAACAAUCGUCUCGACCUCCGUCUCUUCGAUCACGAUCGUCUUCGAAAGUUCGCUUCGAAGAUGACGACUUUGAUGUUCGAUCCAACGGUUCAACUUCAGUGGGAGAACGCUGGGGUGGGUUUGAGGUGCCAGAACCAGAGCGAGAUGUUGGCAAGGAGAUACUCUACCAGGCCACGAAAGAAGGAAUGAACGAUCUACUCGACACCUUGUUCAAGCAGAAAGAGGAUUUGCUGAUGGAGGCUCGUCGAACUCGCAAAGAACGCCUUCAAUGGGCUGCUGAAAUCGAGUCAUAUCUCGACCCAAAGAAACCCAUUGCUACAAGCAGCCCAGAGCCAAUCGGCCGGUCGACAGGCGACAAACCCCUGGAUGAUUUGUUGAAUGCUGCAGGCUAUUCCGUGAUCACUGACGACCCCCCUCCUGACGCAACCACUUCCGAGGAAGUUGAAAAAGUCGAGAUAGUCGAAGCAAUUGACCCUACCUUGCCUCAACAUCGACCCAAUGAAGAAGAAACCAUCCCCGCUGCAGCGGCUUUGUCUCUUCGCCUCCAGCUUGACAGAUCAACGACAUUCCCCGCCCCACACCCAGACAACUCCAACGCAGCCGAAGCAACAGCUCCCAAGUUCUCACCUAUCUUAAAACCCUCGCCAUCCACUGGAUCUCCUGUGCAUGCCUCACCAACCCUCCCUCCUCAAAAACACCUAUCAAGCACACCAUCUCGCCGUCAAUUAGCAUACUGGGCGCGCCUCAAUCAAGUAGAGCGCGAGUCCAUUGAACGCGGCGGUGGGGCUAAAUUGGACUACGACGAGUUUCGGCGCAUUAUGAAUACAGAAGAGGGCAAGAAAUUGAGCUUCAUUAGCACGUAUAUCGAGAUGGCGAGCUUUUGAUCCGUUUUGUUCUUGCAUUCGAGCAGUGAUCUUUCCGCUCUCAUCGCUCUACCAACCCAAAUCGAUCACUCUCACACCCCAAAAAGAAUCUUACGAGAUCUUACUUUUGAAUGUCUACUUCCAAUUCCUCUUGUCUAUAACUUUUCCUCGUGAGCGGGCGUUGAGUGGAAUGGACAAGGGCCGAUAUCCCUUACACUGGGCUUAUGUGAUAUGCAUCUUUCGGCGUCUUACUCUUCUCACCAUUAAUUAAUUAGUAUCGCGGCAUUUAAGUGGUUUUACAAUAUGGAACAUUGUACAUUUGAAAACCGUCCAUUAUCUCUUCUCAAAGGAAUUGUAUAUGAAUACAGAAAAUCUACUUCUUAUAUCAAAU